CUCACACACAUUAAAUACAGUACUCCUCUCUUCUCAACCCCCACCACCCCAUCCGCACUCAAACACACGCAUAACAUACAAACAAAUAUGUUUAACCCAUGCCGUCACAAAACCUCACACCCCCUCCAACUUUUCUCAGUAAAAUCAGCACCAUCGCUACAUUCAUCUUCAGCCUUAAGCCCCAUGAAAAUCAAGAACCUUAUCCACACCCUCAUAGUUUCCCACAUCUGCCGAAUCAUUCGAGCACUGUCCAAAGUCAAAGCCAUUAUCGUUGAAACUCUCAAGGGAAACCAACCCAACAUUGACUUCCUUUACCCUUCUCACAAAAAGCAUCGCAGAAACAAAAUCAGCAAGAAAAUCAUCUUUGGUUCCUUCAGGCUUCACUAUAACUGGUGCUCUUCAAGAUCUUCUCACGUUCUCCCAGUUCCUUCUAGAGUCUUUGAAGGGUUGAGCAAAGCUAGUGGUACCCAUUUGUACUAUGAGCCAGAUUGGAACAGUAGUAGUGUUAUUCAUGAUCAAGGUGAGAAAUUACAAGGUUGCGAGGAUUGUCAUGAUGACUCGCAGCUUGUUGGGUACUUGCAGUGGCUUGAGGAAGAGAAUAAGGUUCAUGAUGAUGGUGGUGAUAAGGGUGUCGCAAAUGAGAUUAACGAGAUUGAUGUGUUGGCAGAAAAGUUCAUAGCCAAUUGCCAUGAGAAGUUCAGGUUGGAAAAGCAAGAGUCUGAUAGGAGAUUUCAUGACAUGUUGGCUAGGGGCAUGUGAAUUGUGAAACAACGUUAAUUAAUUAACCAAGGUGUUUGUUACUUUGUUUGGUGUUUCUGUUACAAACUGCAAGUUUAGUCACUUAAUUAAUUAGUUAGCUUGGGGAAAAGGUUAUUGUAUGUAUAUCCAUUAGGGGUAUUGAGGGCUAGCUAGCUUUAGCUUUGUAAUUAAUUCAUGGUUAUUUAUAUUUUCCUUUUCAUUUUAACUUCUUUUGGAUAGAUGGAAAGGACUAAGGAGUGGGGUGAGGGAAGUGUUUGAAGAAUUCUACGAGAUAGGGAAUUGUUCAAUGCUUCUGUUUAUAGUCAUGGUGGUUUUACUUUGCCGUUGGCUUGUUAAGAUGGAAUGGAACUAGUGCAGCU